UUGCAGACAACUCUGCUGCUAUAAAAAGUGGUUGUCCUGUUGCUCUGUGACUGGUCUCCCUCUACAGAAUCGUUAUAUAGAGCCACGAGUAACUUCUAGGACAAGCAACGACGGAUCGGCUACAAAUCGCCACCUGUACCUCAAAAUUCAAAAAACAUUCUCUUAUUUAUAAGCAUAGAAGAGCAAAGUAGCUGGUAUCCUCGAAACUGAGACUAGAAAAUUCCAACCAGAGUAUCAACGAGUGGUUUACAAUGGCAGCUAAGGUCUACAGCAAUGGAGUUCAGCUGAAGGAAGCAGAGCUGAUGACCCUAAUGUGUCCGGCAUGCAACGGACUCCUCCGAGACCCUGUACAGGUGACAGCAUGUGGAGAUAGAUUCUGUCAGUCCUGCAUCGACCGACUCAUGAGGAACAACAAGGCGCCAUACAAAUGCCCAGUCGAUGGAACAGAGUUUAAACGCCACGAGGUUCGUAAGGACAGGGGCUGCCUCAAGGAGCUCCAGAGAUUGGAGAUUGAGUGCACAACUAAACCUACCUCUUGCGGAUGGAGAGGUCCUCUACCAAACCUUGAGGCCCAUCUGGCAGAGUGUCCAACUGUAGAGGUACGGUGUUCUCUCGGUUGUGGGAAACAUGUUCUCAAGAGUCAGCUCUCCACUCACGUCUCCAGCCAGUGCCCCAACAGACCGACUCAGUGCAACCACUGCAACACCAGUGUCCCCAUACAAAACCUUGAGAGUCAUUACCAAUCCUGUGAGGAAGUCCCUGUUGAUUGCGACUACUGCAGCAAACACCUAUCAAGUCGAAAGCAGCUUGAAAGUCAUCUGGAGUCAGAGUGUACAGAGUACCAGAUCAGUUGUCCUAUGAGCUCUACCAACCUGUGUGACUUUCAGGCAAAGAGACCAGAAAUGUCCGAUCACAUGCAAAAACAUACAAUCCAAUUUGCCGAGCUUUUGAUGACUGCCAUGAGAAAGAUUGAUUCCCUUGAAGAAAAAGUGACAUCACUGACUGAGGGCCGUCUGGAAGAUAAGCGGAAAAUAGAGGAUUUAACAAGGAGGUUGGAAAGGGUAGAAAAGGAGAAAGAGGACGGGAAAGAGAAAAUAGUGAACUUAGAAAAGCAAAUCAAGGUAAUCAAGGUCACUACGGCUUUGGACAGUGGGUUCGACCUAUCCCGCGGUCAGUUUGUCGAAACAGACUGUGCCGUCACAAAAAACCCUCACAUGACUGCGUUGGAGUCCUCCAAGUUGCCACCACACAUUUCCCAAAUGCGCAACAUGUCCCGUUCGUUCAAAGCUCUCAGCACCCAAGUGUCCACGGGCCGAGGGACGGACGCAGCGGCAGUGAGCAUAAUGAGACAGGAAAUGGAGAGCCACCAGACGCAGCUCCUCAAAAUCAGCGAGAACCUCCAGACGGUGCAGCAGAGUCUUACGCAACACGCGGUUGUGAUUGACGAAGUCCGUCUGAGACAAGACGUCCUCGAUGUCAAGACUACCAACGGAGUCUUCAUCUGGAAGAUUCCGGACAUCCGUCGGAGGUAUCGUGAUGCGCUCAACGGUCGCACAAUCAGCCUCUACUCCCCUUCCUCUUUCUACACCAGUCCGCACGGCUACCGCAUGUGCGUCCGCACCUACCUCAACGGAGAUGGUAUUGGUAAAGGCACACACAUGUCUGUGUUCUUCGUUCUCAUGCGUUCCGAGUAUGAUAGUCUUCUUCACUGGCCAUUCAAGCAGUCGGUUUGUUUCACACUAAUCAACCAGGGGAACCCCUCGGCCAAUAUCACAGAGGCCUUCAUCCCCGACCUCACCAGUCCCUCCUUCCAGAGACCUGAGAAAGACAUGAACGUUGCAGGUGGAUUUCCCAAAUUUGCAAGUCAAUCUGUGCUCCAUGAUGACAAUUUCACCAAAGGCGAUACUAUUUUCAUCAAGUGUCAAGUGGACCUCACUGGUCUGUCUUUCCAGUAGACCGGACCUUUGGUAUCUUAAAAAGAAAAAGAGACGAAAAGAAGAAAAGAAAAAGAAAUCAAGAAAAAGAAGACGAAGAGAUUGACGGUGUUUUGUUAUGUGGUUAAUGUUUUGUGUAAUCUGUAUAGUCAUUUGGUCUCUCUGUUUAUUACUAUGUUUACUCUUCUCUUUCCCCAUGGCACUGAUCAGCAAUUGCACCUCCACUGUGGUGUAGCUCCACUGUGGUGUAGCUCCACUGUGGUGUAGUUACACUCAAAGAUUGGGUGCACUGUGACAAAAGCAC